AUGAUAUUUAGAAUCCUACUCUGGAACACGGAAGGAAACAAGCAAGCACUGGAGGUCUUGUUAGAGGAAGCCAAGUACGACCUCCUGGCGGUGCAGGAGCCAUGGAUCAACAGGGAGACGAAGUCUACGUACUGCCCCCGGAGCAGCAAAUACCACCUGGUGUUCAAGCUCGAGGGGCGAGCAGCGAUAUAUGUGAGCAAGAAAUUCGAGAUCGGGCAGUGGGACUCCGAGGUUUCGGAGAACUGGUGUCGCGUACGGUUCCCAGAGGCGGACCUAGGCCAAGAAGGCCACGGGCUCGAGCUAUGGUCCGUCUACAACCCCCCCAACGGUGAGAACGUACCGCAGGCCCUCCAGGGACGGCCGAGGCCAGACCACCCAGUAGUUCUGGCGGGGGACUUUAACCUGCAGCACCCGCUGUGGGACGAAUUCGGACGCUACGAAAGGGGAGCCGAAGAUCUGUUACAACUAAGCUCCCUGUGGGACCUUACCAUCAGGACGCCGAGGGGAGCAGUUACGCGAGCUCCCCAGGGGCGGCAACGAGGCCGCACGUCAACCAUCGAUCACUUUUGGGCCUCGGAGUGCAUUCAUACGGUAUACUACGGGGAAGAGUGCCGUGGCAAGUCAGACCACUACCCGCAAAUGCUCGAGAUUGGGACAGGGACUGGGCCGAGGCCGGCCCAACCAGUGGGAUGGGCCUGGAAGAAGAUGGAUAGGGGAAGGGCGAAAGCCGAAUUAGCACUGCUCUGCGAGGCGAUGGGCCUCACAGACCCGGGGCCAAAUGGACUGGUGGCUAGAAUCCGGACGACCGAAGGUCUCGGCAGAGCAUUCGACAACCUAGUCGAAUGGCUCACCUGGGUCGCUGGUGAGAGCACCUCUACGGAAGAAGGCCAAUUGCGGCUUCAGCUCUUCUUUGGUGGACCAGGGAAGUGCAACAGGCUGCCCGGGAGGCUAGGAGAGCCGAGAGAUUGGCCAAGGAGACCCGGGCAGAGUACUGUUGGGAAGAGCUCCAGCGAGAGGCUCAAGGACCUCGCCAGGACAACCCGCGAAGCACGGACGAGGGCUUGGAGGAGCGACCUGCAGAAGGCAAGCGAGGCGAGAAAACCUGACCAGAUGUGGAGCCUGGAAAGAUGGGCCAGACGACGGAGCUUUCUACCGCCUGAACCACCGAAACUACCGGCAUUCAAGAAUCCGUCUGGGCAAGUGACGGCUGAAACGCAUGACCAGAAAGCCAACGCCCUGGCCGAGAGGUUCUUCCCGAGCCCCCCGGCCAAUCUCACAGACGUGCAAGACCAAACCUUCCUGAACAGCCGGGACCCGGGCUUCGACGUCUCACAGGCAGUGAAGCCGGCCGAGAUCACGAGGGCGAUAGGAGGAGCGAGCCCCUGGAAGGCGCCAGGCGAGGAUUUGCUCCCGAUGGGCCUUCUGAAGGCGUGCGGAGCACCGUUAGCUGAAGUGCUGGCCCUUCUGGCGACAAGGUGCCUGGAGCUAGGAUGGUUCCCCAACCGUUUUAAGAGGGCGAAGACUGUAGUACUGCCGAAACCAGGAAAGGCUCCGCCGGUGUAUCAGACCCCUGGGGGAUACAGGCCCAUUGCUCUGCUACCAACCCUGGGGAAAGUAAUAGAAUCGGUGGUCGCCACGAAGGUCACCCUAGCGGCAGAGGCCAACGGCCUGCUCCCAGACGAACAAAUGGGAAACAGGGCACACCGCUCCACGGAGCUAGCUGUCCGGCUAGUGGUAGCCCAGGUCCAGGAGGCGUGGAGACACAAGGGUGCGGCGUCUCUAUUGCAACUGGACAUUUCAGGAGCCUUUGACACGGUCAACCAUACCCGACUGCUAGCAACUCUGCGGGAAAUGGGCUACCCGAGGUGGCUGGUCCUCUGGAUAAGAGACUGGUUGACCGGCCGAGAGGCCACCCUCCUUUUCGACGGCAAGGCAGCGACCCCAACGGCGAUUCGGGCAGGGGUCCCCCAGGGCUCCCCGCUUUCACCGGUCCUUUUCAUUCUCUACAUUGCCUCUCUAUACAAGCAGCUGAAGGACGAACAUCCCCACUUGGCUAUUGUGGGGUUUGCGGAUGACACCAACCUCCUGGCUUUCGGCCGAAACCCCGAGGUUAACAUCCGGCAGCUGGAAGGGGCAUGGGAAACGUGGGGAGGCACUAGCCCCGUCAAACCAGAAGGGUCUGCCAGAUUGCUGGGAGUCUGGCUGGACUGGAAACUCAACUGGAAGGCUCACCUGGUGGCGGUGGAGAAGAAGCUGAGGACCCAGAGCUAUGCCUCUGUCGAGGAUCGUGGCAAAGACGUGGGGAAUGGGGCUAGUCUAAAGCACGAGAAGUAUACACAAAGUGCAUCCGGUCGGCGCUGGCCUAUGGCGCAUCAUCGUUUCACAUCCCCACGGAUGUGGGAGGCGAUAAAGAAAGGCAUCACCAAGGCCCUCGGGAAGGCCCAGAACAAGAGCUUGCGGAUCGUGGCGGGAGCCUUUAAGUCUACCCCAAUCCGUAACCUCGAGACAGAGACGUGGGUCCCACCAUUGGACUUGUACCUAAACAAACGGCUUGCCGAUUUCGAAAACCGAUUCCAACGACCCGAUCUGGACGACGUCAAGGCGGCAAGAAGACGGCGGCGAACGUUGUCCUCUCCACCUGCCGCAAGAUACAGCAGAGACUUAGCUCGAGGAGGGGCAACAGGGGCCGACCGCGAACCUUGGGACCCCAAGGGCCUACGGCGGUGGAGAGAGCCGCGGGCACGGUCAUGCGCUGGACGGGGGGAAUCGUCGAUACGGACAGGGUAG